AAAAGACAAAAUAUGCAAGGUUCAUGAAUCACAGGGUUCCAGCCAACAAAAGGUACCAGCCUACAGAAUAUGAACACGCGGCCAACUGUGCCACACAUGCUUUCUGGAUUAUUCCCAGCAUCCUUGGCAGUUCCAACCUUUACUUCCUGUCUGAUGAUGACUGGGAAACAAUUUCUGCUUGGAUCUAUGGCUUGGGCCUAUGUGGCCUCUUUGUUGUCUCCACAAUCUUCCACACCAUCUCUUGGAAGAAAAGACACCUCAGGAUGGUGGAACAUUGCCUGCACAUGUUUGACAGAAUGGUGAUCUAUUUCUUUAUAGCAGCAUCGUACGCCCCCUGGCUUAAUCUCCGGGAGCUUGGUCCCUGGGCUGCCCACAUGCGCUGGAUUGUCUGGAUCAUGGCUUCUGUUGGGACCAUCUAUGUGUUCUUCUUCCAUGAACGAUACAAACUUGUGGAGCUGCUCUGCUAUGUCGUGAUGGGGUUUUUCCCAGCCUUAGUCAUCCUUUCUAUGCCCAACACUGAUGGAAUCUGGGAGCUCAUGACCGGAGGUAUCUUUUACUGCUUUGGGAUGGUGUUCUUCAAGAGCGACGGGCGGAUUCCCUUUGCCCAUGCCAUCUGGCACCUCUUUGUGGCAUUUGGAGCUGGCACCCACUACUAUGCCAUCUGGAGGUACCUCUACCAGCCCAACACACUGGAGUCUAAAGUGUCCAAAUGAGAUGUCAAAGAAUCUCACGACUCGCCUGGUGCCCUUGGAACAGUGCAUUAGAGGAGACAUUACUGGGAUGAGGCCCUGCUCAGAGGUUCCAGGCUUGUCUUUUGCUUCACUGCUGGAUAUUUUUUUUGGAUGAGUCCUGGGUCAUGUCUGGUGGUUGCCAGAAACCUUUAGGGUAUCUGGUACAGGAAAAAGGCACUAGAAGGCUUUAUUGGACGGCAAAAAAUUAACCAGGUAUUUUGUGUGUUUUAGACAAGUCAUCCAUAACAAAAAUCAACAUUAAUGUUGGGAAUUGAUCUUUUCUGGAAACAAAAGGGCAUGACAGGCAAACACUUUGUUCGCAGGGUCCCAAAAACCUUAAAAGUGACGAUUAUACUCCUCUAGGGAGAAAAUCAGCCUCUAUGUGUGCCAGAUCAAUCAGAACCCACCUUUUUUGCAACUUGGAUGCUCAAACUGCCGUACUACAGAACCAAUUAGUAUCUAGGUAGUUUCAGGGAUGGGAAGGUGACCCUCUCUGGAAUCUGGCUCUGCCCAGUCUAAGACCAUCUAAGAGUGGACACUCUUUUUUCUCUUAGGAAAGUGAAUACUUUCCUUUCCCACUCCCUCCUUUGCUAAAGUCCUUUUCAGACCCUAGGCUCUCUUUUGUAUGUAUUGAAAUGGCUCUUUUGACUCUGACAUUUUAGUUGUGUUGGGAAGGAGCUGGAGGGAAAAUAUACAAUAGAGCUGUGGUUGCUUUAAUCUCUAGAUUGAAUCUGCAGCAACAAAAAACCGAAUACUUUGUGCUGUUGGGAGAUGACAUGAGGGCAAGGGUCCUAGCCAUCUCACCAGAAACCCAGAAUUGGAAGGGCAGUUUGGGGAAGGGGAAAGAGCUUUGUUUAAAGUUGUCUCUGCCAUUUCCAAGCCCAAAUGACAAAAGAGUAAGUGAUG